AUGCCCGAGCCGGCCCGCCGCAGCGCCUCGCCGCGCCGGCACCGCUCGCGCUCGCCGUCGCGCUCGGCCGCUGCGCACGACAGCGACGACGCCUCCACUUCCGAGGAGCGCCGGCAACGUCGCGCCCGCCGGCGGGCGCGCCGCGAGGCCCGCGAGGCACGCCACGCCGCCGAGAAGGAGGAGCGCCGGGCGCGGCGGCGCAGAGACGCAGCCGCGGCGGCUGAGCAGCCGAGCCGCCUGCCCGAUGCGCGCGGCUUCGGCGCCAACCUCUUCGCCGCCGAGCGCGCCGAGCGCGCGCGGCACGAGGAGCGCGAGUGGGCCGCCAAGCUCGGCGACCUGCUCGAGGAGGACGAGUGGGGCUGCGGGCUCGGCGCCGGCGAGGAGUAUGUGCCGCACCGCUGGGGCGGCAUGCGCGCCAUGGAGGAGGAGGACUACGCCGAGCACAUGCGCCGCGGCAUGCAUCGCCGCAAGGCUGGCCCUGCUCCGAACACUGGCAGUGCUGCCGGCACGUCGUCCUCGGCACACACCUCGGCCGGCGGUUCUGCAAAGCCAUCGCGGCCUGUGCGUGGGCCAGCGCCUGCGCCGCGCUCCACUGGGCCGUCGGCGCAGGAGCUCGCGCUGGCCUCGGCGCAUGAGGCGUACUCUGCGCGCUGGACGGCAUUGCUCGACGCGAGCAAGUCGGGUGCCCUUCGACACGCCGACAUCGCCUGGCCGGUGCCGCCGACGGGCCUUGGACCGCCCGAUCUCUCCAUCGCGGCGCUGCGCACCUUUCUCGUCUCGCCGCUGCCGGCGCCGCACCCAGAGCCGGCGGAGCGGCUACGCACGGCGCUGCGCCGCUUCCACCCCGACCGCUUCUUCUCGGCGGCCUUUUGGAAGCGCGUGGAGGAUGAGGCGGAGAAGAAGCGCAUCGAGGAGGAUGUGCUGCGCGUGGCGCAAGGCUUGAGCCAGCUUGUCGCUGAGCGUCGAGAUCCAUGA